GCGCUCACCAUCUGCAGAAUAAGGACCAGAACUUUACAGAGGUAAACUGUGUCAGUUCUUUUACUAUUACAGCAGUUCAUCGUGGCCCUGUAGUUCGCCUCCUUCACCAAAGCUCUGUCAGGGACCUACAUGAAGAGUGCCAUCACUCAGAGAGACACUUUGACCUGUCCUGCUCUCUCAUCGGACUCAUAGACAGCAGCUUUGAGAUGGGUUUCAACAAUAACAUUGAGUUGCUUGAGAAUUCAUGUAGUAAAAACCAGAUACAGACUACAGUAUGAUCCAUUUUUUUGUGGUUCAAUCAGAGUCUGCUCUCAAUACUGUCCAGUUUUAUAGUUGUUCCUAUUAAUUGAUUGACUGGCGUUUGUCCAUGACUCUACUGUCAAACCCCUCACAUGGUUUUAUUUGAUGCUGUGUUGUUGCAGCCUAGUAUCCAAACUGAUAAACCAUUUUUAGUUGAAAAAAAACAGUGUUUAUAAUUUGCAAUUCCUGACUUCUGUAGUGUUGUGGUUUCUUGCAGGUAACCUGCUGUUCCUGGCUGUGGUCAGCCAUUUUGGGGCGAAGCUGCACCGGCCCAGGCUCAUUGCUAUGGGCUGUUUCCUCAUGGCUGUAGGAUCCUUCCUCACAGGCCUGCCACACUUCUUCAUGGGACGGGCUAUCAGGAGAGCUACCCAGUCCCAGAGGGCCAUCGUGGCUUCAUCAGUGAUGCCAGACUUCUGCAGAUGCAGAGAGCUGAGAGAGAGACCAUGGAAGCAAAGCAAAGAAAGAUAAGUGCUAUCCAUGAGAAUUAUGUCCGGACUGCUCUCAUCGGGGUUGGCAGCACCUUCGCGCACCACUUCGUCCCCUCUAUUCAGUGCAUUCCGUGGCCGAAAGCUCCACCGAGGCCUUUGCCACGAAGGCUUGAGCACAUAGCUCUGGCCCCACUGAAGAACGUGGUGGGGGUGGACGGUACCCAAGUUCGACCCGGAUCUCACUCUCUGGAGUCCAUCCAGGUAAAUAAGUCAUUCAGCAGCAGUAACGUGUGGCCUGUUCCCGUCCCUCCCACUGGAGCUCCCUCCAAGAGGGGCAAGAAGAAGAAGGGCAGGCGGGGAGUCAAAGCCCUGAAAGUCCAGUCGGAUCAGGGCUGUGCUGACAACAACGGACCCAUUGACCUGAUGGAGGAGGUGAGGGACAUCGAGCCUCACCUGAAGGAGGAGGCCUGGAAGGUGGUACAUGAGGUGAAGGCCAUGGGCAGGAGAAGUUUGGGCUCGGCCAUGUCCAUGGGGGAAAUAGCCACCAGCUCUCUGGGAAGCCUGAGCUCAGUGGAUAUGAACACCCCUGCGGAGCUCCGUGACUACUUGGAUGUUGGGACCCCGGUCAAGUUGCACAAUAAGGCAGCCAGUGAGCCAAAGGGCCAAAUAAAGAACCAGGCCAGAUUGCAGCCCCUGUCCAACCCAGAGCAGGCCCUGACUAAGACCUUCAAGCUGCUCCACUCUCCCUCUGAUGACUGGGAGAAGAAGAUCGAGGGCUUGACCUCUCUCCGUGUGAUGGCUCAGAACCACAUGGACAUACUGAUGCCUAAACUCCAUGAUAUCUGCCUUGCCAUUAUAAAUGAGGUGAAGAACCUGCGCUCUGCAGUGUCUUGUGCUGACAGUGAGGUGGAGGGGACGGCACGCAUGCUGCUGCACAAAGCCAGCGAGGCUUUCACUGACCGUUUCUUGAUUGCCGUCAGUAAACUGGCUGUGGACCCUUCACAGGAAGUCAGGUGGGAAGUUCCUCCUGUAAAGUAG